AUGUCGAGACAAGACAAACACUGUACAAAGGUUGACUUCACGGGCUACCAAGAACUGCCAGCGAACAGUCCAUCACGAGAGGCACCCUCGAGCAAACAGACCCCUCCGCCUCAUGUGCCCUCACAAUUGAACCGUAGUCCCAACUCCAAAAAAAGAGAUGCAUCUUCUCCCCAGAGCGAAAGUGCACGAAAAGUUGUCAGAGGAGGCCCCAAAAGCCUUGGCUUACCUCAAGUGUGCGAAGACGGUACAUCUCGCCGAUUGAUCGUGAGGGAUGAAUCCCCCUGGGAUACUUACCGUCGGAGGCUGAGGUGUACCCUGGCAGGCAAUGUAUUCAUUGCAGCUCACCGUUCCCGUCCAUUCCAGGCGGUAGCCAUUCGGGAGUACACCAAAAGGGAUGUGGCUAAAAUGCGAAGACUGUAUGAUAUCCUGGACCAUGAUAAUGUGUUGACAGCCCGAGAGUGCUUUGUCAACGAAGGAUGCAUGUAUGCUCUUGUCAACGACCUCCCGCUCACUCUGGAGCAACUUGUGGGGUGUCGGUCUCUCUAUCCCACAGAGACGGAAUUGGCUUCCAUGGUUUGGCAGAUUUUGAGUGGUUUAUGUUACCUCAACGACACGGGAUUAGAACACCAAUCUCUGACAUGCCGGAAUAUUCUUCUUGGCCUGGAUGGCGUCACCAAGAUCGGUAAGUGGUAA